CCGGACUUCAUUACAGACGGACCCAAGGGGGAAAUGGGAGAUGCACAAUGGCGCUGCCCAUUCUGAGGAGUUGUUGUGCCAGGCGUCCGACCUUGCUGACCCGUUUGUUUAGAGCUGAUCGCGAUGUGCUGGUCCACCCCACUAGCAGAACUCUAACACCAGUGGCUCCCGUCCUGUCCACGGUUCGGUUGUUGAGUUCACAUCGGGAUGGACAUUCUAACAAACAGACGCCGAAAGUACUCUUCGUCGGCAUCCCCAACCCUCUCAUGUGGUUCAGAACCCGAAUAUACUACUUCUUGAUACGGGCCUAUUUUGACAAAGAAUUUAAUAUCGAGGAGUUUACGGAUGGGGCAAAACAGGCCUUCUCACUUGUCUCAAGGCUUCUUUCUCAAUGUCAAUUUGAGGCUCUUGAAGGUCUGGUGGCCAAAGACCUGAUUGUUAAACUGGAGGAGAAAUGUACCCAUCUUUCUCCAGACUACCGGGAGGCGCUCUCUGCAGAAGCAGAUGAAAUCCUGUACACCACACCGGGUGAUGUGGGGAUCUACUAUGAUGACAGUGGUCGUAAGUUUGUCAGUAUUCUGAUGCGGUUCUGGUACUUAACAAGGGCAAAGGUGACUGAUGAAUCCCUGGAAGGCUCACGUGUCUUCCAUCUUGCCACCAAUGGAAAACAGGACCAAUCCAAGAAGCUUCUCACAGCCAAUUAUGAGUUCCAGAGGGAGUUUACACAGGGGGUACCACCGGAUUGGACCAUCACCAGAAUAGAGCACUCAAAACUAUUGGACUGAGGGGGGUGGGUUGGUGGGGAGGAGUAGUACGACAGAGGAAGAUCUGCAGCUGAGACCGACACCACAGGGGCAGUGGAGGAACCCUCACCAGUGACUCGCCUUCUUUGUAGCCCCAUUCUGUAAACAAAACUGCCCCAGCAAAGCACUAAGACUCUUCUAACAAAUGGUGGGCGCAAAACAAAUGAGAACCUGAGCAUAGCCUGAACAGCAAGGACAGCAGUGGAAACGAUGGUGGCGAAGGCCAUGGAUAAUGUCAAAUAGUGAGGAAGGACACAUCCAAGGAUCCCAUUCACUGUCAGUUUUACACUUUAAUGGGUCGAGGACUGGGACAGUGCUGAAGGUUCAGUGGCAGACUUCUGUGUAUAUUAUCCAGAAAGAUACAAAGAAAAAACUGAUUUGACCCUAAUUUAAAAUGACGAAUUGCAAACUGAACAGGUGGCCUCAAAGAUGAUAUCUUAUAAAACCCAAAGACUUGCUCAUAUAAGGUGUUAAGUGGAGUGUGUGCAUCUUUGCUGUGUAAGAAUGUGUUGGUGUGUGGCUAGCAUACAGCACAAUGGUAUGUUUUAAUUGUGGCAUUAUUUUCCCUGUCUUAAAAGUGUGCAUAUCUCCAUGGAGGUGGCUGAUCAGUGUCUCAGAUAUCAGAAUUACAGGUUUCAGAACUGACUGAAUGUCAUCAAUUUACUUUGUUACUGGUAACCAUUAAAAACUAAAUAAAGAAGGGAAAUGGCUAGUUU